AUGUCAAAUACAUGUGAUCCAGCACCAAGUGUGCCCUUGUCUGAUGUAACUUCAAUUCUUACACCAACAAAUGAUGGGCAAAUAUGUGCUUUACCUUAUAAAGUAGCGAAUUUUACCUGGGAUAUGUAUUUUUGUAACAAGGGCUAUUGUCCAACUGAAAUAAAUUCCAAUAGUACAUGUGCGACAGGUAAAUUUGGUAGUUUACAGUUGACCGAUAAUACGAUAAAAUCUUUCCAGAUCAAACCUAAACCAGGAGGUAUUAAUGGUACUAAUGAACAAUGUCUUAUUUAUUAUUACUAUUUGCCAAAUGUGACUAACAAUACUAUUACUGUUAUAAAAGAAGAAAUUAAUGGUAAAAAUGAAACAAUUGAUAGUGUAACUAGUACUUCAAUCAAUGGAUGGAUCAAACGUCAAGUAUCAUUUUUUGCUUUGGAAUCAAAUUAUAAAGUAUGCAAUAUAAUUGUAACAUCAAAUUAUCACACAUAUUUGAGAUCUGGUACAGUAUCUCCUACCGUUGGAAUCGACGAAUUAUCAAUUUAUCAAGGCAACUGCAGUGAAGAUACUCUAACAACUGAGUUAACAUCGAUGACAACUAUGGAAGAUACUACAUUUACGACUUCAAUUCAACUUGAAACAACAAUCACAACACAAUCCACUAGUAUAAUGAUAUUAACCAGUAGUGUAUCUGCAAUGACUACAGAUAAUAUGUCAGAAACAAAAUUUUCUGCGGAAAGUACUAGCAAUACAUUACCAACAACAGUUACAUCAGUACCAUCUACAGAAUCUACUAGCGAUGAAUUUUCAACAACUAUAAUUUCUACUGAAACAACAAGCAGUACAUUUCCAACAACAACAAUACCAGCAAUAACGACAACAACACCAACAACGGUACAAACAACAUCCGCAACGAUAUCAACAUCAACAACAACAUCAACGACUACAACAACAAUAAUAAUAUCAACAACAGCCACAUUUUCAACUGGAACAACAAGCAGUACAUUUUCAACAACAACAACACCACCAACAACAAUAACAUCAACGACAACAAUAACAUCAACAACAACAAUAACUACAACGACAUCAACACCAACAACAACAGUAACGAUAUCAACACCACCACUAACAACAGUAACAAUAACAUCGACAUUUUCUACUGAAAAAACAAGCAGUACAUUUUCAACAACAACAACACCACCAACAACAAUAACUACAACGACAUCAACACCAACAACAACAGUAACGAUAUCAACACCACCACUAACAACAGUAACAAUAACAUCGACAUUUUCUACUGAAAAAACAAGCAGUACAUUUUCAACAACGACUACAUCACUACCAACGACAACAACAUCUCAUACUACCACCAAAACUCUACCGACAGUGGACAGUACUCAAGAAGAAAUUCAUUCUUCUACAACUAGUCAAACAAUAUUAUCGACACACGAUAAAACUUCAACAAUAACGAUAACAACAAUUGCAUCAUCAUCAUCAUCACCAAUAGAAACUACAUCGAUUACAAUAACGAAUACAUUAACCAAUAAUGUGAAUCCAUCCAAAAAAACAUACAUAAUUGUUUUAUCAACAGUUAUUCCUACUGUUGUAAUUUUAUUAGCAAUUGGUAUAGUUUGGUGGAAACGAUCAUCAUCAUCAAAAAGUAAUUCUACAACUGGUUCACGAGCAUUCACCGAUAUAAAUAAACGUAGAAAAGCUAAUUUGAAUUUUGAACUCGAACCAAUGGAUGGGGAAUAUUCAUCGUCUUUUUAG